AUGCCGCAGAGGAUAUCGCAGAUCAGGUACGGUCCAUUCCCGGGAAAAUUUGGGGCUCGUCGCGCAUCCGUAGUCCUCAUGUUUUGUUGUUUUUUCGGGCACUGUUGUUGUUGUUGACGGGGGGAAGAGUGCGUUUUGCUCCCAAAAGUGCUACACGACUGCUCGAAUUGGGCGUUCUCGGCCGGUUGUUGACUGCGGAUGCAGACGUGCAAAACACUUCGGACGGGUGUGCUUUUGGUCUAUAGAUCUUUGGGUUCGAAGGGAGGGUCAACGUGACCGGUUUGCGCAUCAACUAUAUCUUCAAUUCUUCAGUAUUUUUAAAAAUUACAGUGAAAACUGAGUUUCGUAUGAUGUCAAAAUUUGGAAUAAGGUCAUAUAAGUUAAUAGGUCCAGUAGAAUCUCUCUUUUCGGUCGCAUUUGUUCCUCAUUAGUCUUUUUUUUGAUAACGUGUCCUUGGGCAUUGUUUUGGUGGGAUAAUGGUCCGAGUCUGGGAAAGUUGGGCGCCACCUAGUUAUGAAACAUGGGCAUGUGCUCUGACGUCCCGCAAUUAGUCGCUAUUUAUAGUGCGUUUGUCUCAAGUUGGUGAUAAAGUGUGUGUUCGGGGUACAGUAGCGUCACCGGCGGAGACUAUUGUGAGCGCGUCGCAAAAUAUUGGGAUUAGCAAGGUGUGGGGCUGAAAGGACACGGGUGGGUGAUGUUUACGGUUGUGCGGAAGUGCCAAGUGAACCAUCGACGGGUAAACAGCGUCGAUGUUGACUGAAUCGAAGAGUUCGACGCCACUCCCCGGGGGAUUCGCAUAAUCCAACAUUUUUCGAAGUCGUGACGCCAUCUGCGCCCUGCAGAAUUUCGACCUCCCAUUUCACGCAGAUUUUGGCAUUUUUGGGUGUCGGCUUUUCGGACGACACUCUUAAUUUCGAUGUUUUUUAAGGAGCGCUCUUUAAGCUUAUUGUCCAUAAUCGAAUUAAGCCGGCGUGGUCUCUGACCCACGCGUAUCGGAAAGACCUCCGUCUGGGGAAGACAAUUUAGUCGGGCCGGGAAAGGAUUUGUCUUCAUUAGACAAUUAGGCCAGUUUAAAGGUCAGAGACAAUAUCUUCGAAUGUUUCCGAGAAAGUUUGAAGUGCAAAACCUUCAUGGUAAAUUUGGCGAUUGUAUUGGGUAGAUGCACAAUUAUCCGGCGUUUUUCAACAAUUUCGAUUCGAUACUUGUAUCAAUACAAAUUUAUCAAUACUUGUCCGUUCGUAAGGUCGCUGGACGAGGUUUUUGACCGCACUGUACAGAAAAAGUCAGUAUGCGAGCGACAGCCCAAAAAGUCGAUUGCACAGUGCAAAGCAAACUUUUAUUUCCGCGGAAUACAGUCGUUAAAAUCUCCCCAGCAAUUCUGCGAACGGAGUAGUGAUUAAAAAGCCCAACUAAAAUGUAUAAACUAGAAGUAUCCGUUCGUACGUACAAAAUUUAACAAUGUUUUUUUACACUUACUGACGAAACUUGGCCUACGAGAGGUGAGGAAACCAAUUCCUUUUUCUGGAAUGUGCUUUCAGCUUCUACAUGAAUAGCUGUGUGAUUUGCAAACUUGUCAUUACACAAAUGACAAACUUAGUAACGCCCGCAAUUCUUGUCAUUACAGCCUUGGCCUGCAAAACGAUCUCUGAUCGUAGAAGCUGCAGUUUUAAAUUGCCGAAUUUGUCACUGAAUUCCUCGCUAUGACGAGGGUUGAGCAUUAGGAACAUCUUGUUAAAAUGGGGGUCUCCCGAACCCAAAUUCACGUCUAAUUUUCUUCGCUUUCAGGAAAAUCUCGAGCAGGCAAGUGUUCGCAGUGAUAUUGGCCACAGUCCUCCUCGCACAGUGUCCCGAGAGCGCGGACGCGUCGGUCAGGUUAUGCGGCAACAAACUCACGUCGGCGCUGGAGCUCAUCUGCAAACACAAAAUCUGCGGCGGCAUCUCGAAACGUAAGCUCAUUGAAUUAGCGACCAAAAACAAGUUUAUAAGCCAAAUUGGCGCUUGUACGUAGUGUUUACAUUCAAUUACUGUGUCAUGACAUGUGUAGGCAAAACUAUGGAGUUCCGAUUACCCGGCAGUUCCGCGUAACCCACCAGAAUCGUUGUUAUUGCUGGGAGUUGUGGGGUUGUUUUCUUGAAAAUCUUUUUUCGGUUGUUAUUGGAGCGAGUUUUCGAAUUAUUGCCAAAUCGAGACGAACAUACUAUCACCUAAUUGUUUAUGAAAACAGCGCAAACUGGGAGGAUGGUGUUUGCACCGCGAAGCUUGACCUAUAACUCGGUUUGGUGGCGUGACAAAAAAUGCAAUUAUUCCGCAUCUCGCGAAUUUUCAGCGCAUCCACCAAUAGUAUCUUUCGAAUAUUUAUUAAUGUGCAAUAAUUAGUAAUUGUUAAUGAAAUGAGUGGCAGUCUCGCGCCCCCGAAAUAGGAUGCGGGAUGAUGAAUUGUAAUUGCCUUAACCUCUUGGAAUUCGUACAUUUCGGGCUCUAGACGGAGGGCGUGGGCCUGCGGGUAAUGAAAAAAGAAUGGUAUUUGUUUUCUCGGCCAAGUAUCGGAAAUGUAGCAAGGAAACUGAAAAGGUCAAGCGGUCUUGAGACGGAAGCUCGUGGGUUCGAGAAAAGGCUACAUGAAAAUUUUAUAGGACAACAUAAACGUAAAAAAAUCGAAUGUCUCGACGCUUAUCUCACCCAAAAUUUCAGGCGGUGUAAAUCCCUUCUACUUGGACGAACUACUCGAGCGCAACUACGACCCCUUCACCUACUACAGUAAUCGAGUGCGACGAUCGCGAAUCGUGACGGAGUGUUGCGCGAAGCGGUGUACGCUCGACUUCCUGAAGACCUUUUGUUGCGCCGAAACCGACGACUCCGUGAACCUGGACGGCGUCUAG